AUGUCAAGAUGGAUGCCAAUGGAGUCCCCUACAGGUUCAAGGCCUGAUUCUGCACAUGAUGCUUCUCACUGUGCAGUACUCGUGAUUGCCACCAAGUUUGAUUGGGAGGUUGAUUCCAUCAACAUCAAACAGGCUUACUUAAAUGCAAGCCUCAACCACAACAUCUACCUCAAGCCCCUGGAGGGUGUGAACAUGGCACCAGGCAAGGCAUACAAGCUACUCAAGAGCCUGUAUGGACUAAAGCAGUCUGGGUGCAAAUGGCACAAGGAGCUAGACUUGCACCUCUGGUACUUAGGUUUCUUCCCUUCUCAAGCAGUACCUUGCAUAUACCUCAAGGGAACAGGUGACAAUCAAGUAAUAAUCACCAUAUACAUCAAUGACAUGCUUAUUGCAGCACCAAGGCAACAUCAAAUCAAUGCAGUGAAACAAGCAAUCAUCAAGAAAUGGCAAAUCAAAGACAAUGGCCUGGUAAUGGAAUUCUUAAAGAUCAAGAUCACAUGCAAUUGGAAGGAUCAAACAAUUGACCUGGAUCAACAAGCUUACAUUAAGGAAAUCAUCAAUGAGUGGAUUUGA